AUGAUCCCCUCCGGUGCCGGCAACAGCCUCAUCUCCGGUGGAGGCGGGUUAUGGUCGGCGGCUCCGUCGCACGUGGCCGUCGCCGUCACGGCCUUGGCUGGGCUUGCUGUGGUGGUGGCCGUGUUCUGCACUGCCACUAGGACUCGUCUUAAGUCACCUUGGUCCCGCCGGAAAAGAAAACAUGCCCUUGCAGCUCAUCACUGGAGAAGUUUCUUUACACCAGAUGGAAGGCUUCGCGAUGGUGGAGUUAAGUUGGUGAAAAAAGUUCGCAGUGGAGGAGUUGAUCCAAGUAUUAGGGCAGAGGUUUGGCCAUUCCUCCUUGGAGUCUAUGAUUUAAACAGUUCGAAAGAAGAACGAGAUAUAGUAAGAUCUCAGAAAAGAAAGGAAUAUGAGAAACUCCGCAGACAGUGCCGCCGACUCAUAAAGCGCAUAAAUGAGAGCUCUAAGUUGAAUGGGGACAGUUGUAGUUUCACCCAGGAUACAGAUUCUCCCAGCUCUGAGGAUGUGGUUAGUGCCAGGGACUCCCUUUCUAGUGAAGAAAGGAUCCCAGAUGUUGAAUACUCAGAUGACCCUUCCAGUGCAUUGUUGGAUGGAGAUGAUAGUUCAAGACGAAACACAAAUGCUGAUGCCAAAAUACUAAAUUCAGACUCAUCUGAUUCAGACAGCUCUGAAGAACCUGAGGUGAUUCAGACUUUCCCCUCAGGUGAAGGAAGUGAAGAUAAUGAUCCUGAUAUGAGUUCCAAGGAUGAAUCUUCUCCCUCGAGAACAGAAGUCCAAUCAAAGUUAAGCAGUGAGGAUUUUGCCACAUGGCAGCGGAUCAUACGCCUUGAUGCUGUACGAACUAAUUCAGACUGGAUUCCGUACUCCUCAUCUCAAGCUGAAGUUUCACAGGAUAGAGCAUGGCGUUCUGCUGAGGCUGUUGGGUUGAAGGAUUACGAUCACCUGGAGCCUUGUAGAAUUUUCCAUGCUGCUCGACUGGUUGCUAUUCUUGAAGCAUAUGCACUCUAUGACCCAGAAAUUGGUUAUUGCCAGGGUAUGAGUGAUCUACUUUCUCCUAUAACUGCUGUAAUGACAGAGGAUCAUGAGGCAUUCUGGUGUUUUGUGGGUUUCAUGAAGAAGGCUCGACAUAAUUUUAGGCUUGACGAGGUGGGGAUUCGAAGGCAGUUGAGUAUUGUUUCUAAAAUUAUUAAAUGCAAGGACUCCCACCUAUACAGGCACUUGGAGAAGCUCCAGGCAGAGGAUUGCUUUUUUGUUUAUCGGAUGGUGGUUGUGCUAUUUAGGAGGGAAUUGACAUUUGAACAGACAAUAUGCCUAUGGGAGGUAAUGUGGGCUGAUCAAGCAGCCAUAAGGGCCGGGAUCGGAAAAUCUGCAUGGAGCAGGAUAAGGCAACGAGCCCCGCCAACAGAUGAUUUGUUACUUUAUGCAAUUGCAGCUUCAGUUUUGCAGAAGAGGAAACUGAUAAUUGAGAAGUAUAGCAGCAUGGACGAGAUUAUCAGGGAGUGCAAUAGCAUGUCCGGGCAACUUGAUAUAUGGAAGCUCCUUGAUGAUGCACAUUACUUGGUAGUAAACCUCCAUGACAAGAUAGAGCCAUCCUUCUGA